GUGGAGCAGCAGUACAGACUGAGUUCAGCAUGUGGAGCCGAGCAGCGGAGCUUCUCCUCCAGCUGGCGUGGACAGCCUGCUGUGUCACUGCCAUCCAGAGGAAAGACCUCUUCCCCUAUGGACCCCUCAACGGCGACCUAACUCUGCCAGAGGGAGACGAUGAAACUUCCAAAGUGAUGACCCUGACCAAGCCCAUGUACUUCUACGAGACUGCCUUCAGCAACCUAUACGUGGCCACCAAUGGAAUCAUCUCCACCCAGGAUCUGCCCAUGGAGAAGCAGUAUGUAGACGAUGGGUUCCCCACUGAAUUCCCCGUCAUCGCUCCGUUUCUCGCUGACAUUGACACCAGUAAUGGAAAAGGAGCCAUUUACUACCGGCAGACAGAAGCCCCCGGCGUGCUGAACCGGGUCGCUGCUGAGGUCCAGAGAGGUUUCCCCGGCUCACAGUUCACCCCAACCCACGCAGUCAUCGCCACCUGGGAGAACGUGGCGGCUUAUGAAGAAGUCAGCCGGUCUUCUGAGUUACGGGUUAACACGUUCCAGGCGGUGGUGGCUUACGACGAGGUAAACACCUACGCCCUGUUCCUCUACCCGGAGGACGGCCUGCAGUUCUACGGGACUCGCCCUAAAGAAACCUUCAAUGUGGAGAUUGAGCUGACCGCUCGAGUGGGCUUCACCAGGGGAGAAGUCUCGUACUUCUUCUUCUCUCGCACCGAAGGGCCUUACUACAGCAUCACCACCAAUGAGCAGUCCGUCAAGAACCUGUACCAGCUGAGUAACGUUAAUGUUCCUGGAAUUUGGCUCUUCCAUAUUGGAAAUUCGUACGCUUUCGAAAAUGUGAUUCCAGCAGCAGUUAGUGGCCAGUUACCCACCACUUUGCCCAGAAAGCAAGUGAUUGAGUUCCCCACCACCUCAGAGUACCCUGAGACGGAUGAUUCCUUUGAUGAUGAGCAGGAAUAUACUGAGGAUCCAGACUUCCAGAAUCCUUCAGUUCCAGAUUUCACUGAGCCAGGCCGAGAUCGGUCUCACCUUCAGCCUUAUGGUGGGGACGUCACGCUAACGUCUAACCCUCAGACUCAUGAUGCUGCUCCAGCGAUCACUGGGCCUGGAGAAUAUCCCCCUUCAGAAACCAUACCGGAGGUGGUCCAACAACAGCGCCCCCUGCCUGAACGUACCUUUCUGGAGAUGAACCCCCAUGCUACUGAUGGCCAUGUGGUCAGUGUGGAGGAAGACCUGGACUUUGACUCUGGAGUGAUCCACUACUCCACAGAAAACAAAGAGACCUGUGAACGUUUUCAGCAGCACUGCAGUCAGAACGCUUUCUGCACCGACUAUCCCUCCGGCUACUGCUGCCACUGCCACUCCGGCUUCUACGGAAACGGCCGACACUGCCUGCCAAACGGUGCUCCUCAACGUGUGAACGGAAAGGUCCGCGGGACGGUCAAUGUGGGCCUGAGUGCAGUGAGGUUGGACAACAUUGACCUCCACGCCUACAUCGUUGUGGGCGAUGGCCGAGCUUACACAGCCAUCAGUGAAGUUCCAGAGCCGCUGGGGUGGGCUUUGAUGCCCGUGGCACCCAUCGGAGGGCUGUUCGGCUGGCUGUUCGCCCUGAAGCUCCCCAACAGCCAUAAUGGCUUCAAUAUCACCGGUGCUGAGUUUACUCGCCAUGCCGAUGUGACCUUUUAUCCCGGUAACCAGCGGCUCAGCAUCGUCCAGACUGGCAGGGGGCUGGACGACCAGAACUACCUGAAUGUGGACACUCAUCUGGAGGGCAGUGUUCCCUUCAUACCUCCUGGUGCCACCGUACAGAUGGAGCCGUUUAAGGAGACCUAUCAGUACUACCCAUCACUGAUCACCUCCAGCUCAGUGCGGGAGUACACAGUCGUGUCUGCUGAGAGCGGCGCAGAGACCUUCAACUAUCAGCUCAGACAGAACAUGACCUACAGGGACUGCAGACACGGACACCGCAGUGGAGCCGAAACGCUGCAGCUGAACGUGGAGCGCAUCUUCGUCAUGUUCGUCAAAGAGGAACGCAUCCUCAGAUACGCCAUCACCAACAAGAUUGGCCAUGUCGGAGCCGGUGAGGUGGACCCUGAGCAGGUGAACCCUUGUUACUCAGGGAAUCAUGACUGUGACACCACGGCUCAGUGUUUACCUGGAGAGGGGAACACCUUCACCUGUCAGUGCGCCACAGGAUACACCGGAGACGGACGCAGCUGCUAUGACGUGGACGAGUGUGUGGAGGGUUUGAGCUCGUGUGGAUCUCACUCUGAGUGUGUGAACCUGGCGGGAAGUCAUACCUGCCGGUGUCAGAGUGGAUAUGAGUUUGGAUAUGACGGACGCAGCUGUCUGGAUGUUGAUGAGUGCCGAACCCAGCCGUGCCACCCUCACGCCUCCUGCUCCAACACGCCGGGCUCCUUCCACUGCCGCUGCCAGCACGGUUUUCAUGGAGACGGCUUCCAGUGCCACCCUCAGACCGUUCAUCCCGAGCGUCCUGAGACUCAGUGUGAGCGCCACAGAGACAGCCUGCAGAGCGGAUCGGGUGGCGUCCCCCUGGUUGGAGCCUUCAUCCCUCAGUGCGAUGACUAUGGUCAGUACCGGCCACUGCAGUGCCACGGCUCCACUGGAUACUGCUGGUGUGUGGACAGCAGGGGACAGGAGAGAGCGGGCACACGAACCCCACCUGGGAGCUCACCCACCAACUGCGAUGCUCCAGUUCAUCCUGAGCGUGCUAAGACUCAGUGUGAGCACCACAGAGACGGCCUGCAGAGUGGACAAGCUGGUGUCCCCCUGGAUGGAGCCUUUAUCCCUCAAUGUGAUGAGGAGGGUCGGUACCGGCCGCAACAGUGCCACGGCUCCACUGGACACUGCUGGUGUGUGGACAGCAGGGGUCAGGAGAGAGCGGGCACCCGAACCCCACCUGGGAGCCCACGGACCGACUGCGAUGCUCCAGUUCAUCCUGAGCGUCCUAAGACUCAGUGUGAGCAGCACAGAGACAGCCUGCAGAGCGGAUCGGGUGGUGUCCCCCUGGUUGGAGCCUUCGUCCCUCAGUGUGAUGAGCAGGGUCGGUACCGGCCACAGCAGUGCCACGGCUCCACUGGACACUGCUGGUGUGUGGACAGCAGGGGUCAGGAGAGAGCGGGCACCCGAACCCCACCUGGGAGCCCACCCACCAACUGCGAUGCUCCAGUUCAUCCUGAGCGUCCUAAGACUCAGUGUGAGCAGCACAGAGACAGCCUGCAGAGCGGAUCGGGUGGUGUCCCCCUGGUUGGAGCCUUCGUCCCUCAGUGUGAUGAGGAGGGUCGGUACCGGCCACAGCAGUGCCACGACUCCACUGGACACUGCUGGUGUGUGGACAGCAGGGGUCAGGAGAGAGCGGGCACCCGAACCCCACCUGGGAGCCCACCCACCAACUGCGAUGCUCCAGUUCAUCCUGAGCGUCCUAAGACUCUUUGUGAGCAGCACAGAGACAGCCUGCAGAGCGGACAAGCUGGUGUCCACCUGGAUGGAGCCUUCAUCCCUCAAUGUGAUGAGGAGGGUCGGUACCGGUCGCAACAGUGCCACGGCUCCACUGGACACUGCUGGUGUGUGGACAUCAGGGGUCAGGAGACAGCGGGCACCCGAACCCCACCUGGGAGCCCACGGACCGACUGCGAUGCUCCAGUUCAUCCUGAGCGUCCUAAGACUCAGUGUGAGCACCACAGAGAUGGCCUGCAGAGCGGAUCGGGUGGUGUCCCCCUGGUUGGAGCCUUCAUCCCUCAGUGUGAUGAGGAGGGUCGGUACCGGCCACAGCAGUGCCACGACUCCACUGGACACUGCUGGUGUGUGGACAGCAGGGGUCAGGAGAGAGCGGGCACCCGAACCCCACCUGGGAGCCCACCCACCAACUGCGAUGCUCCAGUUCAUCCUGAGCGUCCUAAGACUCAGUGUGAGCAGCACAGAGACAGCCUGCAGAGCGGAUCGGGUGGUGUCCCCCUGGUUGGAGCCUUCGUCCCUCAGUGUGAUGAGCAGGGUCGGUACCGGCCACAGCAGUGCCACGACUCCACUGGACACUGCUGGUGUGUGGACAGCAGGGGUCAGGAGAGAGCGGGCACCCGAACCUCACCUGGGAGCCCACCCACCAACUGCGAUGCUCCAGUUCAUCCUGAGCGUCCUAAGACUCAGUGUGAGCACCACAGAGAUGGCCUGCAGAGCGGAUCGGGUGGUGUCCCCCUGGUUGGAGCCUUCAUCCCUCAGUGUGAUGAGGAGGGUCGGUACCGGCCACAGCAGUGCCACGACUCCACUGGACACUGCUGGUGUGUGGACAGCAGGGGUCAGGAGAGAGCGGGCACCCGAACCCCACCUGGGAGCCCACCCACCAACUGCGAUGCUCCAGUUCAUCCUGAGCGUCCUAAGACUCAGUGUGAGCAGCACAGAGACAGCCUGCAGAGCGGAUCGGGUGGUGUCCCCCUGGUUGGAGCCUUCGUCCCUCAGUGUGAUGAGCAGGGUCGGUACCGGCCACAGCAGUGCCACGACUCCACUGGACACUGCUGGUGUGUGGACAGCAGGGGUCAGGAGAGAGCGGGCACCCGAACCUCACCUGGGAGCCCACCCACCAACUGCGAUGCUCCAGUUCAUCCUGAGCGUCCUAAGACUCAGUGUGAGCACCACAGAGACGGCCUGCAGAGCGGACAAGCUGGUGUCCCCCUGGUUGGAGCCUUCAUCCCUCAGUGUGAUGAGGAGGGUCGGUACCGGCCACUGCAGUGUCACGGCUCCACUGGACACUGCUGGUGUGUGGACAGCAGGGGUCAGGAGAGAGCGGGCACCCGAACCCCACCUGGGAGCCCACCCACCGACUGCAAUGCUCCAGUUCAUCCCGAGCGUCCUAAGACUCAGUGUGAGCAGCACAGAGACAGCCUGAAGAGCGGAUCGGGUCGCACCCCCCUGGCUGGAGCCUUUAUCCCCGAGUGUGAUGAGGAGGGUCAGUACCGGCCACUACAGUGCCACGGCUCCACUGGGCACUGCUGGUGUGUGGACAGCAGGGGUCAGGAGAGAGCGGGCACCCGAACCCCACCUGGGAGCCCACCCACCGACUGCGAUGCUCCAGUGGAGUCCCUGCCCCUCCCACGUCCAGAGACGGUGUGUGAGCGCUGGAGAGCGAGUCUGAUGGAGCAUUACGGGGCUCAGCGGAGUCCUCAGCAGUACCUGCCCCAGUGUGACUCUGCUGGAGAGUUUAACCCGGUGCAGUGUUAUGGAGACAGCAGCUACUGCUGGUGUGUGGACAAGGACGGCCGAGAAGUGCCCGGAACUCGCUCGAAUGACGCCAUCAAACCUGCCUGUAUACAGACGGUUACCCCUCCUACCAGGCACCCUUUGCCACGCCCUGAUGUGACUCCACCCCCCUCAGGCACCUCCCUGCUCUAUGCUCAAGGUCAGAAGAUCGGGGCUCUGCCUCUCAAUGGGACACGGAUGGACAAGGAGAGAUCCUCCGUACUUCUAGCCCUGCAUGGCUCUAUAGUGGUCGGUAUUGACUACGACUGCAGAGAGAGGAAGGUGUACUGGACGGAUUUGGCUGGAAGAACAAUCAGCAGAGCGGCUUUGGAGCCGGGAGCAGAGCCCGAGAUCCUUAUCAACACCGGCCUGAUGAGUCCGGAGGGUUUGGCUGUGGAUGCGGCACGCCGAAGGCUAUUCUGGGUGGACAGCACACUGGACAAGAUUGAAACCGCAAACCUGGACGGCAGUGACCGCCAGAUUCUGUUCGACACGGAUUUGGUGAAUCCGAGAGCCAUCAUUGUGGACUCCCCCUCAGGAGCCCUGUACUGGAGCGACUGGAACCGAGAAGCCCCCAAAAUCGAGAGCUCAACUGUGGACGGCCACAACAGGAGGGUUCUGGUCCGUGACGGCAUCGGCCUGCCCAACGCUCUGACCUUCGACUCCGCUGCGCGCAGAGUCUGCUGGGCUGAUGCAGGGACGAAGCGCCUGGAGUGCAUCACACCUGAUGGAACGGGCAGACGUAUCAUUCACAGCAACCUGAACUAUCCCUUCAGCAUGGUGUUCUACGCCAACCACUUCUACUACACAGACUGGAGGAGGGACGGAGUGAUUGCUGUUAGUCGAGAUUCCAGCCAGUUCACAGAUGAGUACCUGCCUGAUCAGCGGUCGCAUUUGUACAGCAUCACCGUGGCAUCCACCAGCUGUUUAUAAGGGAGGCAGUAAUAGCAGAGCUCUCAAAUGGUGCUAUUUUUGAGGACGCGUCAGGCAGCCAGCAGCAACGCGGCACAGAAGCGUUCACCAUCAACCCAGCGGUCACCAACACCACUGCAAACUUGCAAAUGGCAAGAGAAAGGUGACUUUUUUGUACCCAGUUUAGUUUUGUAAAUUUGUUUUAUACCUCAUUUCUUUCUACUGUAUUUUUGUAUGUGUUUUUUGAUAAAAAUAAAGCCAAAGAGCCCCAAAUUCUAGCCGGUAUGCAACAAGUCCUGUAUGUUGUUUAUGUGUGUAAAAUACACAGCAAUGCAGUGUUUGUGUACUUGGUGCACUACUAAGAAUUUGACAUAGCCAAUGUUUUUACCACGUGUUGUUUUUUUUUUUUAUCCUUGUUAUCUUGUUUGUAAGAUGUGAUAUUUAUAACAAUAAAAUGUGAUUCACAUUUGGA